CCACGACUCUGUUCUCUGAUCAUGGAGCAACGGAGACAGUGAAAGACCUUCCGACACGAAAACUCUCUCUCUCUCUCUCUCUCGAUGAUCGAAUCUAGGGUUAGGGUUUCUGUGCGAGCAUUUACGCUCCUGAUCUUCUUCUCCACACUCUUCUAUGGAUCUUCCAGCUCCUAUUCAGAUUCUCAUCAAUCCAUCGUCUCUCCUGCCAAAGUCAAACAGGUCUCAUGGAAGCCCAGAGCAUUUGUAUACGAAGGCUUUCUCACUGAUGAAGAAUGCGAUCAUUUGAUAUCCCUCGCUAAAUCGGAGCUGAAGAGAUCAGCAGUUGCAGAUAAUGUGUCAGGGAAAAGCAAGCAAAGUGAUGUUCGUACUAGCUCGGGGAUGUUUAUUAGCAAGGGAAAGGACGCUAUUGUUGCUGGCAUAGAGGACAAGAUUGCGGCAUGGACCUUUCUCCCCAAAGAAAAUGGUGAAGACAUACAAGUAUUGAGAUAUGAAUAUGGACAGAAGUACGAGCCACACUACGAUUACUUUGCUGAUAAGGUGAAUACUGCUCGUGGUGGGCACCGCUUUGCUACUGUGCUUAUGUAUCUCUCAGAUGUGGCAAAAGGUGGUGAAACUGUAUUUCCCUCAGCAGAGGACCCCCCACGUCACAGAGCACCCGUGAAAGUCGAGGAUUUAUCGGAAUGUGCCAGAAAGGGUAUUGCAGUAAAACCACGGAGAGGGGAUGCUCUUCUUUUCUUUAGCCUCCAUCCCAAUGCUACACCAGAUGAGAGCAGCCUCCAUGCGGGGUGCCCUGUGAUAGAAGGUGAGAAAUGGUCUGCAACAAAGUGGAUACGUGUUGAUUCUUUUGACAUGGCCCUGGGGGGUAACAGUGGUGGUUGCACCGAUGAGAACACAAGCUGUGAGAGGUGGGCCGCUCUCGGAGAGUGCACGAAAAACCCAGAGUAUAUGGUGGGAUCCGCAGAGGUUCUUGGUGCCUGUAGGAGGAGCUGCAAGGUGUGUUAGCUGACUGUUUUGGUCAUGGGAGCAGUGGUUGUCAUAAUCUCACUGGGGUUGCUACUGGUGGUGAUCUCUUCUGGUGAGUCUGGUGCUUGCUGGACUGGGCCCCCACCUUUGUGUAACAAUAAGAACAUAUGGUCUUGCAAACUGUUUCUUUGAUUUCAUCCUUUUGUUC